AAGCAGUCUUGUAUACUUUUAGGCUAUCAAAGUGUUUACUAAACAAUGAAUGAAAGAAAACGGCAGCCUUCACCCGAGCUGGAUAUUUCGCAGAAAAGACCUCGCUCGUGUAAUUCUUUCGGAGCAUCACCAGCAUCACCAUCACCUCUGAAAUCUCCUGUAUCAGAAAAAAGGUUCUGCAAAGUGGAGAUAGGAUUUUCUGAGGAGCGAUGUGCUUCGUCUACUUCGUUUGAGAGCAGCUCUGAAGGCAUUACAUAUUGUUCUGAGAUGAUGAGAACAAUGCAUGAACUUCGUGAAGCUAAUAUUUUAUGCGAUGUGACUAUCUGUGUGGAGGGUAAAACAUUUCCAGCCCAUCGUGCUAUUUUGGCUGCUUCUUCUCCAUACUUUAAAGCUUUAUUUUCAAGCAGUCUAACUGAAACAGACAGAGAAUCCAAACCAGUCGUAUUAACAGAUAUUAGCGCUGACUGUGUGGAGAAGUUACUGUUGUAUAUUUAUACAGGUGAAAUUGAAUUAACCAAAGACAACAUUAAGUCUAUUAUUGCAGCAGCUAACUAUUUACUUAUAUCCAGUUUGAAAGAUAGAUGUACUAAAUUUUUAAAAAAGAUGCUUACGCCAGCAAAUUGUUUGAGCAUUGAAUCAACCGCAGAACAAUAUGAUUGUGGGUGGUUGCGAACAACGGCUACCAAUUAUAUCCAAGAACAUUUUGUGACUAUAUCUACUACCGAGGAGUUCCUAACCUUAAGUAGUGAAAGGUUAAUUGAGUUUGUGUCAAGUGAUGACACAAAAAUUGACUGUGAGGAGCAAAUAUUCGAAGCCAUUAUGAAGUGGGUUAAACAUGAUGAAGAAAAUCGUCAAAAACACUUUAAAGAUCUUGUUUCUUAUGUUCGAUUUCCUUUGAUCUCGCCUUAUUAUUUAAUGGACCAUGUUGAGUCUGAAGAGCUUGUUCGCAGUACGCCUGAUUGUAUUUCACUGCUCUUAGAAGCAAAAAACUAUCAUAUGCUACCUGAUAGAAGAUGGCAACUGAAAAGUACAAGAACAACGCCAAGAAAAUCAAUGGGCAUUGUUAAUGGCAUUAUAUCUGUUGGUGGAAUUCAAGGUCCAUCUUCAUCAGUAGUGGCGUCAACUGCAUGCUACUUGUUAUGCAACAAUCGUUGGUUUGUUUUGGCAAAAAUGCAAACACCUCGCUGUCGGCACGGAUUGGCUGUAACAGGAGAGUUUGUGUAUGCUGCGGGAGGACAGUACAGAGAAGGAGCCGCACAGAGUUCUUUGUCACACGUUGAACGGUACGAUCCCAAAACAAAUACAUGGAGCAGUGUUGCACAUAUGUUAACACGGAGGAGUUUACUAAAUGUUGUUGCGUUAGAAGGUAACUUAUAUGCUGUCGGAGGCUGCGAUGAAAACAAUAUGCGAUUAAACUCUGUGGAGAAGUACAACCCUUCUACAGAUAGUUGGACAUUCAUACCUAGCAUGUCAGCUUGCAGAAGCAGUCCAUGUGUUGUUGCAGACAAAUUUCUUUAUGUCAUUGGCGGAGUGAGCUAUGUUGGUAUGGCCUUAAACAGUGCUUCUAAAUACGAUCCUCACACGAACAGGUGGCACAACAUUGCGUCAAUGAAUUGCAGUCGAGCGAGUGCGUGUUGUGGCGUUGUGAAUGGAAAAAUAUAUGUCAUAGGAGGUUGGGACGGUACCACACAUUUAAAUUCUGGUGAAGUUUACAAUCCCGAAACUGAUAAAUGGUCGUUUAUAGCGCCUGCAAGUACGUCACGUUGGGAUGCCGGUGUUGCUGUUGAUGGUGACAAAAUUUUUGUCGUCGGUGGCUGCGAUAGAAACGCCGUUUGUACCAUACAAACAGAAUGUUACAACACGGAAACAGAUAGUUGGAGUCAAGUGGCGAAUUUGCCGGUAGCGACACAUGGACUUAAAUGCUGUACUAUACAGCUGCCGAGCAAGUUUGUGUGAAAUCUUAUGAACGAGCUCUUUUUUGGCUGCCGUUAGGUUUUUAUGUUUCUUCUUAAUGUUGAUGAUGCAGAAAAAAUACUGCUAUUAUAUUUUGUCUAUAGAAUUUAUAUUUUUUUUCUUUUUUAAAAAUAAUUUAAUUUGUACAUUUUAUUGUGUAAAAAGUAUUAUUCUUAUAAAAACUUUAAAUCAGUGUGUGUUGUCAGACUAAAUAAUGUAACGUUGCAUUCAUUAAGCAAGUGAUUGCAUCUACAAAAUUUUUGCGUCAUCGCGGAAAAUUGUUUGAACAUUAUUUUAAAGGAUAAGAUCUUGAAGCAGAAUUUUACAAUCUUGUGGAUUAUAAUUUUUAAUCACCCGUAGCGGUUUUUUAAGACUUAACGUGUUUUUUAAUCCUCAUUGAGAAAGAGCCCAGGCAAUAAUUCAUUGGUCAAUAAGAGCAACCAAUGAGAUUUUCUUGUAAAAACUAGGCAACCAACCAGAGUCGUUGUAAAAAAGAAUAACCAAUCAAAGUCGUCGUAAAAGUUAGAGCAACCAAUCAGGUUUAAGUAUUUAUGAAACUCCUCUGAAGAGCUCCCCAAAAACGUACUCGUGAAUAAAUCAAUAUGGACGACGAAGCGAGCUCUAAUGCCUAUUUGUGCUCGGUAAUACGUUUUAAAAAUAAACUGUUUUUAAAUGCUUUGUAAUCGUCUCGUUAGUUUUAAUCGCAGUAAUUACGAUUUUUAUGUUUAUUAAUUGUUGUUAUGGUUAUAAGAUUAAAGCCACGUCACUUAA